AUGUCCGAAGGCCAUGCCCUCCCCAGAGCCUCAACCCCAUUAUCCCUGCACAAGAUCAAGGCGUUGACGUUUGACGUCUUCGGCACGACUGUGAACUGGCGAACCUCGAUCGAAUCGGCGCUGACGUCCGCACUCGACGCCAAGAUCGACUCAGCAGGUUUCGCCACGCUUCCCGCAGAGCUCCAGGCGCGCGCCAGGAACCUCCAGACCGCGGGCGGCGGCGGAAGGGACAGCAGCAUCGAUAUGAUCGCGGCGUCGGCGUCGCCCUCGAGCUUUCCGACGCCGGACCUGCUGCCAGACUGGCCUUGCGCCUUUGCCGCCGCUUGGAGGCGGAGCUACGGCCGCUUCACGCGUGGCUUCGAGCCCGGAAUCACACCGUGGAAGGACAUCGACACGCACCACCGCCAGAGCCUCGAGCGCCUGCUUGAGGAGCGAGGUCUGGCCGGCCUGUUCACUGACGACGAGUUGCUGGAGCUGAGCCGCGCGUGGCACAGGCUGGAGCCCUGGCCCGACACCCGCUUAGGGCUCGCGCGGUUGGCGAGCCGGGGUUUGGUCACGGCUGCCCUGUCCAACGGCAACCAGUCCCUGCUGCAGGACUUAAACACCUACCGCGACGGCCUCGGUUUCAACCGUCUCUUCUCUGCUGAAGACUUUGGUGCCUACAAGCCUAACCCGAGGACAUACUUGGGAGCUGUCGAGGGCUUGGGUCUGCAGCCGGAUGAGGUUGCCAUGGUGGCUGCCCACUUGGUCGACCUCAAGGGAGCGAAAGCAUGCGGCCUGCGUACCGUUUAUAUUGAGCGGGCGGGCGAGGAGGAAUGGAUCGCGUCGGAAGAGCGCUACGAGGAUGCCCGGCGAUGGGUCGACGUUUGGAUCCCCCUUGGCGGUGGCCAAGAUGGAGGUUUUGUUGAGCUCGACCAACAACUGCAAAGGCGUCAUGGAGAAAAAGAAUCAAUAGUGGCACAGUAG